AUUGAACAGUGAAUCUUAAAUUAUAUUAAGUAACGACUCUGAUUAUGCCACCUGUACAUUUAAUCCCAUAUAUGUAACAUUCCCAAGAAUCUUUUAUUUCAUUAUUAUUUCUAUAUAAAUAACGCUUCAUUACUCUGUCAUCACAGUGUUGUUUUUGUGCGUGGCGGUACAAAUUUGAAGCAGUAACUGCUAUUGGCCAUGGCGACAAAAGGGUUUGUGGUGUAUUUGAUAACGGGUUUCUCUCUGGCAGUUCUUCUCUCUGUUCACUUUAUCAACAAACAUUCCAUUAAUGGCGGAUAUGCUCACCCACAAAAACUGCUUCUUCCAUUUCCGGCCAACUCGUCGGGGUCCGAUCCCAAAAUCUGGCCGGAUUUGAAGUUCAAUUGGAGAAUUGUAUUGGCAACUAUAAUAGGAUUCUUGGGUUCAGCAUGUGGAACUGUGGGUGGUGUCGGUGGAGGAGGCAUUUUUGUCCCUAUGCUUACUUUGAUUGUUGGGUUUGAUACCAAAUCUGCCGCUGCCAUUUCAAAAUGUAUGAUAAUGGGAGCAUCAGCAUCAUCAGUUUGGUACAACUUGAGGGUGCCUCAUCCAUGCAGAGAAGUACCAAUAAUUGACUAUGAUUUGGCUCUUCUGUUCCAGCCCAUGCUCAUGCUUGGCAUUACACUUGGCGUGUCUCUCAGUGUUGUAUUCCCCUAUUGGCUCAUCACUAUCUUGAUCAUUGUUCUCUUCUUGGGAACUUCAUCAAGGUCCUUUUUUAAGGGGAUUGAGAUGUGGAAAGAAGAGACAAAUUUGAAGAAAGCAUUGGCAGAACAACAGAAAACUUAUGUCAACUCUCAUGGGGAACUUCUAAUUGAUACCGUGUAUGAACCGCUGAUUCCUAAAGAGGAGAAAACGGUAUUGCAAAUUGUGAGGGGCAACUUUAAUGUAAAGAGAAUUCUGGUGCUAAUGCUUGUAUGGAUUUCGUUUUUGCUUCUUCAAGUCUUCAAGAAUAAUUUGAAAGCUUGCACUCCAUUGUACUGGUUACUCAACUUGUUACAGUUGCCAGUUGCUCUUGCAGUUUUUGUGUAUGAAUGUGUCAAAUUGUACAAGGAAAGCAAGAAAAGGAGGAAAGCAGGGAAUCCAGAAUCAAUAUGUGAGGCUGCAAUUGAAUGGACAGGAACAAAUCUUGCUUUUUGUGCUGUUUGUGGCAUCUUAGGAGGCACUGUUGGGGGCUUGUUAGGUUCUGGUGGUGGCUUCAUACUUGGUCCCCUACUCCUAGAAAUCGGUGUCAUCCCUCAGGUAGCUAGUGCAACAGCAACAUUUGUGAUGAUGUUCUCAUCAUCAUUAUCUGUGGUGGAGUUUUAUCUCCUUAAGAGGUUUCCAAUUCCCUAUGCUUUAUACCUCAUGACUGUGUCUAUUUUGGCUGGUUUCUGGGGACAAUUCUUCAUAAGAAAACUUAUCACAAUUCUAAAGAGGGCUUCAAUCAUCGUGUUUAUACUGUCUGGUGUUAUUUUUGCCAGUGCUUUAACAAUGGGAGUAAUUGGAACAGAGAAAAGCAUCAGAAUGAUAAACAAUCAUGAAUUCAUGGGAUUUUUGGAUUUUUGCAGCAGUCAAUAAUUUUUAUAAAUUUUGUAUAGUUGUAGCAAUAGGGGUAUUGGCCAAUGCCUAAUUGCCCAAACCCUCAAAUUUAAUUAAUAGUGUAUUAGAGUUUGGGUUGUGUUGAUGUUUAGCUAGCGCUAACUCCACCACCAAACUCAUUUGUAAGCAAGUUUGCAACUUUUAAUUCUUCUGUGGAUUGUAAUGAAAAAAUAAAUAAUUUAUAUUCUUGUUUGUAUGGAUA